AUGCCUGUCACGACCAACUACGCCAACAUCGCCUACAUUGACUCCGUCCGCGAGGAGCUGAGGGGCAUGGCACUGUGGAAGAUCAUCGAGCUGCUCCUCGAGCAGCUCAGCAUCACUCCGCAUGCCCAGUACCAGGCCGUGCUGCUCGAGGAGCUGGCUAACGUUUGCGCCUUCGAGUACGCCCGCGCGCAGGCCGACUUCCGGCGAUACAUGAUGGAUGGAUACUGCUGCAGGAUGGUGCCCUACAGAGUCAUGGACGGCUUUGUCAACUUAACAAUCGUGCGUGAUCAAUAG